UUUCAAAACUUUUUGUACACUUUUAUCUAAAAUAAAUAUAAAUAAAAGGAAUAGAUUUGCAUUUAUCCACACAUUCUCAAGUGCAGUGCGCAAAAUUCGGCCAACUCCGAGAGCUUAACGCCAGUGUCAAUAGCCGAUAGCAGUUAGAAGUGUCUAAAUAUUUUGUGCUGACAUUUAAGUGAAGAAUACGUAGUUUUUACUACAUAGAUACAUGCAUACAUACUAUAUUUUUUAAACUGAUUUAAAUGCAAUUAGCAACAAUUAUAGCGCAGUGUCUGCAGUCGCGUAAAUGUUUUUAAAUUGGUGUAAGUCACAUCACGAGAAACAUAAGACCGGAAAUGUGCUAAUCCACGGUCUCACUUGUGGUGCUUGCCAACAUCACUAAAGGCAAUAUCAAAUCAGUGUAGCUCCUGUAUAAUAAUAUUAUAGCAACGGGGAUUAGUGAUACUUAAUCUCUCCUGUUUAGUUACAUAUUGUAUGAGAUCGACAGUCUCAAUUGUCCCAUAACAGCGUGAGUACGUGUUCUCGAAAAUAAUUAUAUCCGUUCGAGUAAAAAUAUAAAAGCUUCACAAUGACAACCAAAUCUAAAAGUCAACAGGAGAAGCACAAAAUGUCCGAGAUAGACGAAAAUAUUUCGAGAAUUUUUGAUAUUAAAAAGCGAUUGGGCAAAGGAGCCUACGGCAUUGUGUGGAAAGCAUUGGAUAAGCGUACUAACGAAACUGUGGCCGUUAAGAAAAUUUUCGACGCAUUUCGCGACAAAACUGAUGCGCAACGAACAUUUCGUGAAAUUGUUUUCCUAAAGGCAUUUCGUAAUCAUCCCAAUGUCAUACGAUUACUCACUGUGUAUAGAGCGUCGAAUAACCUAGACAUAUACCUCAUUUUUGAAUACAUGGAAAGUGAUUUGCAUAACAUAAUUAAGAAGGGUACUAUUUUGAAGGAUAUUCAUAAGAGAUAUGUGAUGUAUCAAUUAAUUAAUGCCAUUAAGUAUAUACAUUCGGGAAAUGUGAUACAUAGGGACCUGAAGCCAAGCAACGUACUCAUCGAUAGCAAAUGCAGAUGUAAAUUGGCGGAUUUCGGACUAGCACGAUCUGUUUCAAAUCGGCCAAUGAGAGAGAGUAACGAUUUGACUAGCGAUCCCACCAUCGAGCCCAUACUCACGGACUAUGUCGCUACGCGUUGGUAUAGAGCACCAGAGAUUCUUGUAGCCAGUAAAAGAUAUACUAAAGGCAUCGAUAUGUGGAGCUUGGGAUGCAUACUUGGUGAGAUGAUACGUGGGAAACCCUUGUUUCAAGGUAGUAGUACCGUUAAUCAAAUAGAAAAGAUAGUAACAGCUCUGCCAGAAAUAACAGAUCACGACGUAAAAGCGGUAGGAGCUGGUUUUGGAUCCGUACUCCUUAGCAAACAAAUUUCACGUGAAAGGAAAACCUCGUUAAAUGAAAUGAUGUCUGACGCUCCUGAAGAUGCUUUAAAUAUGGUCAAAGCAUUAUUAGUAUUGGAUCCCUUAGCUCGACUUACAGCAAAGCAAGCACUCGGUCAUCCAUAUGUAGAAAAGUUUCGCAACUCUAUACCAGAAAUCGAAUUAAGUGUAGACAUAUUGCCACCAUUUCGCGAUGAUGUGCGUCUAACUGUACCCGAAUAUCGGUCGAAAUUAUAUGAAAUUGUUCAACAUAACAAUGAAAAGAUAGACAAACGGCAAACAUCAACAAUUGCCAAGAGUUCUAACAUGAGUCAAAAAGAUCCCAAGAUUUCAACACCCUACGAUAAGACUGAUGCAUCCAAGAAACCCCAUAAGACUAAACAAAGCAAGAUCUCAGAGGACAAAUAUAUUUCAAAAGAAAAGUAUUUAAGCCGACCUGAGAAACACGAAAGCGAAACACAACCAUCUAUUAGUGUGCCUAGCAUAAAUGGUAAACCCACUAAAAAGUUAUCUAUGAUAUCUCCUAAUGCUAAACGCAAGUCUGGCAAAACGCAAUCUAAAUACUUUGCCCAGCAAACAAUAGAAGUGGUAAAAGGGAAAGCGCACUUAAAAAUACACGAUAGCAACGACGAUCAUUUACCCGUAAAUGUUAUCGACAAACGUCAUUCCAUAGACGCUGGCUACGGUAGUCUUCCAGAUGGCAGGGUAGGCUUUGGAGGACAAUUGGGAGAUUUAGUAGGCAGACAGGCUAGCUCACCUAGCGGGGCACUAAAGAAGGUUGACAGUACUCGGCGACAACAUCGUAGCUCUUUGUCGAUAAGUAAAGGGGAGCAAAGGAGCAUGUCCGAGCAAUCAAGCACUCACUUCGUCCAGCAACAACAAAAUAAAUAUCCUAAUGCUCAUCCCCUAAAUUCUACGCAGCAAAAAUUCGAAUACCGACAGCAAGAUAGUACUUUAGCCUAUCCAGAGAUGGACCAUGAACAAUCUUACAUAGAAGUUCAGGAAAGAUUCAACCAUGAUAGCGCCCCAUUUUCAAAAAAGCCUUCUUAUGUACGGAACUCAAAGUCAGAUGUAACGAAUAACAUCGCCAAUGGUCUGACGAAGUCUACCGAAAAUCUCGUCAGAGGGAAUGAUCGAUUAUGUUAUGAAAAACGAUUAAAAAAAUUAGAAGAAGAAAUAGAAAAAUAUAAAAAGGAAGUAAAGUCGUUUUGUAAAGAAACAUUCAGUUACACGCAGCAACAGUCGCCCCAAAAGCAUAGUAAGGGCAAUGGUCAGAUUCAGAGUCAAAUCCAAAAAAACUUCCGGAAUGUAAGUAAUAACCAAAUACAACAUUCUCGUCCACAUACUCAGCAACAAACAUACCUGGAACGAACGAAAUCCGAGAGCAAAAAUAACAGACAUCUACAGCAACAACUACAGCAAAAUCUGUCCAACACAAAACCGAAUCCCUAUUAUGAUCUUCUUGCCAAGGUGACACGUGAUUUUGGAAGUAAAAAUGACAUUAAUUCAGCGCUUUUUAAUGGCGCCCUCAACGAUGGAGCAGCACCUGCAGUUACUGCUGAAGACGAAGGGGGCGAAUAUAUUGUAGAUCGAUCGACGAAAAUAUCGAAGAAAGAUGUACUGAUGAAACAAAAGCAUCAGUCCUUACACGCGCACACGAAUAUUUCAAAAACGCAUCAACCGCAUCAACAACCAACACACAAUAUUCACCGCAACGGCAGACCCAUGUCGAAAUUCAUAGCGCGACCACAACACAGUGGCCACUUAACGAAGCACACAAUUACAAAUUGUCAAUGAUAUUGAUUUUACUAUUCUAUGCUAGAAUAACUGCCAUUUUAUCUAAGUUAUUAAAUGAGCUUUUUUAUCUAUGUAUGUGUAAUUGGUAAUGUAUAAUAUGUACAUAUGUAUGUAUAUACUUACGUCUAUAUAUAUCUGAUUAAAAUAUAUUUGUAUGAGUGUA